UUAGAAAUCAAUCAAACAUUUUAUAGUGUAAAAAAAAGUAUUGUGGAAUCAAGUGAAAGCCGGGAGAGAAGGGGGCCGGGCCAUGGGCGAUCUACUCUCAUGGCUUCUUUCCUUCUUCCUUCUCGUUGCCGUUCUCGCCAUAGUUCUGUACCAGGUCAUGUGCUUGGCGGACCUUGAAAAUGAUUAUGUCAACCCUUAUGAUUCUGCAUCCGAGAUUAACAUACUCGUGGUUCCGGAAUUUGUUCUUCAAGGAGCACUAUGCUUCCUGCAUCUUGUGAUGGGACAUUGGUUAAUGUGUCUGGUCUGUCUCCCGUACUUAUAUUAUGAUGUCAAAGUCUAUACUGAUCGUCGCCACUUGCUAGAUGUAACUGAGAUUUUCAACCAGCUACCAUGGGAAAAGAAGAUUCGGUUGUUUAAGCUUGGAUACCUUGGGAUACAUCUUGCCAUUUCUAUAAUCUGCAUGAUCUGGAGCAUUGUGGCGGAAUGAAGAAUGAGGAAUUGCUGAUCUCACCAAAGUUCCCUAGUUCCUCCUCUGUCUGCUGCAUAGCAUUUGCAUAAGUAAAAAGAUGGAGGGCAUUAACUUGGUACUACUACAGAUGCCUAUUUUUUUUUUGAACUAAUGAUGGAUGAGCCUUAAAUUAUGGUCUCAAUUUUUGUACUUGUAUUCUGCAAGUUUCAAGCUUUCAUGUGUAUCAUUAUGCAACAAGUGGUGGUCCUGGUGGGACACUUUAAAUCUGUCUAAAUCAAAUGAUUGAUUAUAAUAAGUACUGUUUACUUGAUCUCUUGAGCUACCUUUUCAAUUGUGCAUAGUUUCUGUGAGAAUAUAUAUUUGGAGUUAAAUUCCUGGACAGUUUGUUUUUUUAUUUGACCAUAUAUUUGCUCUAAAUAUACUAUCUAAACGCGAUCUGGUUUAUAAUUUUGUUCAAAA